AUGACAGGCCCGUUCCACACCUACGGCCCAACCUGCCUGCUGGCGGAUAACACCCUGGACUUGGCCAGUCUACACUCACUGCCCACCCCACCAGAUGUUCAGUCCCAGUUUUUCUACAUAUCAUCGCUCCCUAUCGAUGAUCCGCUGGCUCCUCUGCCUCCUUCAAGCAGCCAGGCAACCGGGAGUGAAAGGGUCCCGCCUCAGCCGUUCUCAGCUAGGGAUAAUACCGCUUUGGAGGCUGCUUGGCGGAAGCUCCGUGAAGCUCGCCAAGCCCAACCAUCUGUCAAAAGCAGUUCUCGCCCAGGCACUUCGAAGAGACAGUCUGCGAUCGCGGUGCCUAGUCAAGAAUCGCGUCUCGAGGUUGAACGCCGGCGAAAGACGGCGAGUCGCAAUGACGGAAGCUUGGUCAGCAGCAGGGGGCCAGGUAGUUCUCAAAGCAACCCGAUUUCCAUUUCAGACAAAGCCUCUUCUCGGAAUCUUAAGAGUCGGCUGACCGGCGCGACCUCUGAUUCAGAAGGUCACAUCGAGGAACCGGCAGAGACACAUCCGAAUUCAUCGGCGGAUAAUGUCUCGAAUGACACCGAAAAUAGUUCGCCAGCUCAACGCAAAAGAGAGCGGUCAUCUUCUGGAAAUGAAUACCCUUCAGUCAAAAGAAGAAACAGCUCUACCCCCGAAGCUGAUGAUGCAGAGAACAGUGAAGAAGACACAGGCAGUGUCCGUGCCAAACGAUCACACGAUGCGAGCAUCAGUGGCUCGCCUUUUAUUAGGGUACCAACAUCGCAGCCUCAAACUCCGCUUGGUCGCUCGAUCGACUCGACGCCCUCUAAAGAUGGUGUCUCUGAAUGGCAAAGCGAACUACGAAGUCCUGCCCCUAAUCGUGCUGGUCCUAAGCCAUCGAGGUUAAGAACGAGUGUCAGCAUAGAUGAUUUAGCGCAAGGUCAAGCGGAAGAAGAGACGGAGCAACAAAGCGACCAGUCCAUGAUCACAGUAGGGGUCUCACGGCUCCACCUCGUGGAAUUGCCAAACCUGAAGAUGAAACCCAUCUACUGGAGCCCUCUGCACGACAUAUCAAACGUGGUUCGCGCCACUUGGUUCUACAAAAAUACCAUGUUACCCGUGGAAACGGACCUUGCCAAUAAACUGGAGGAGGGCUAUGUAGAUUUGAGGCCAUGGACCGACACCUGGCAAGACGAGCUGAACAGCUGUGUGGACAAUGGGGCGGAUGCCGAAAUGAAAAUCGUGCAUCGACUGUGGCCCAAGGAUGAGCCGGGGUCUGCCAGCAGGCCUGGAACCGCCCCUGAUCAAGCGACUCUUAAUUCUGGCUCCGCCGAGGAUGUCGAUCAUCUGACCUUCGAGCCAAAUCAUGCCGCCGGUGGCACGGCUGCUUAUUUGGAUGCUGUGAGACCUUAUCUCACGUCCAGUGCGAUAUAUGUGGAUGCAAGAAACGCACAGAUCAUGAGGCCCAAUCUGCUGCCGUCGGCGUCACGGGGACGAAAGCCGCUGGGUGCCAUUCGAAAGGGAAGGCAAAUUGGUAUACCAGUAGUGCGUGGGUUCAGUCGCAAAGCGUGGGAUCAACUGCACCCAUCAAAACCCAACCCGAUUGAUGUGCGCCACUAUAUUCGAAGAAACCAGUCCCGGAACCCGGCACCGAUGCUGGGCGAACAGAUAUGCUAUGCUUGCAAGAUGGAAGAGCUGCGGCCUAAUCCAACCGACUUGGUACUCGUGAUUCAUGGCAUUGGACAGAAACUGUCGGAGCGAAUGGAAAGCUUUCACUUCACCCAUGCUAUCAACGCCUUUCGUCGAGAGGUCAACAUGGAGCUGAAUAACGAACCGGUUUGGCCGCAUGUCCGCCAGGACCAUGGUGGGAUCAUGGUGCUUCCUGUGAACUGGCGAUCCACGCUAUCUUUGGAAGAUGAAAAUAUCGAAUCGUCGGUGUCCGAGGACUCAACUGCUAAUAUCUUUUCUCUCUCCGACAUCACUCCCCAGACCCUUCCUGCAGUUCGAUCCCUAAUCAGUGACGUGAUGCUCGACAUCCCUUAUUAUCUCUCACACCACAAGCCGAAGAUGACCAAGGCGGUUGUACGAGAAGCCAAUCGAGUGUACCGGCUAUGGUGUAAAAACAACCCUGGGUUCCAGGAUACUGGCAAUGUACAUCUUCUUGCUCACUCGCUGGGAAGCGUGAUGGCCCUGGACAUUCUCAGUCAUCAGCCUACGCAUGUUCCUCACUUCGACUUUCCAAAAACACCAUUGCAUGACGACAUCUUCGAAUUCGACACUGGAAGCCUGUUUCUCUGUGGCAGUCCCGUGGGCUUCUUUCUCCUUUUGAACAAAGCCACUCUCCUCCCACGAAAAGGCCGAGACAAACCCGGCAGUGAAGGCGACAAUAUGCUCCCCGGUGUUGCCGGGGAAGCCGGCAACUACGGCUGUCUCGCCGUCGACAACCUCUACAACAUCAUGCACACAACAGACCCAAUUGCAUACCGCGUCAACGCAGCCGUCGACGCGGACCUCUCCAACUCCCUCAAACCAGCCUCCAUCCCCAGCUCGACCUCUUCCUUCUGGCAAUCCCUAGGCAGCGUGUUCCGAUGGAGUUCAUCAUCUGCCACACUAAUACCUGCAUCGUCAGCAGCUCCCACCCGGCCUGCAGCCGUCUCCAAACUACCCUCAAACGUCGAGCUCGAGACGCACGACUUCUCGCGCGAGGAGAUCGCCGAGAAGCGCAUGGCUCUGCUGAAUGACAACGGGCAAAUCGACUACUAUCUCUCUGGCGGCGGCGGCCCGCUGAAUAUCCAGUAUUUGAAUAUGCUCAGCGCGCAUAGUAGUUACUGGACGCUGGCGGAUUUUGUCAGGUUUUUUGUGGUCGAGAUUGCGCGGAAGCAGGGGCGUGACGGGACUUUGCUUGCUUUUCGGGCGGAGAAGAAGAAGGGGUGGAAGUAUUCUAAGGGUUGA